UUUUUUUUUUGUCCCUCCCACUUGCUGCCAGAAAGCAAAUGGUACAAAAAUUUACGUGUUCUGUUUUAAAAUAGCUGCGUCUAUGUUUCCAGCUCUGGGUUGUGGCAUGCGUGUGACGGCUGCUGUGUGGGCACGGCUGGAUGGGAAGCGGGCUGUCUGUCGCCUGGCGCUCUGAGUGCUGGAGCCAUUAGCGGCACUUGCAUCGAUCCGUGCAUACAGAUACGCCCGGCUAGGCCGCGGGUGCGCGCACCACGGCGCCGGCGAGCGCACAAACUGCGCGUGGAACGGCGUUAGAAAUGCGUUAUUGCACCUACUUUUAGCUUUGCCGAGAGCAAGUGGGAAAGCGCCGCGUUCCCAAGUCUACAGAUGAUCUCUGGAGCUGCAGCGGCAUCCCUAGGCUCCUGUUGUCACUCUAGAGCAAAAGCAAUGAGAGGACAAAGCUCGCGACGAGUGACUGGUUAAAUGGAAGCCAUUCCUGGGACCUGGAUGGUUUCUACUGACGCGGACUUUGCAUAGCAGCUCCAUCGCCUCCGGAGGUUGCAAUGAGCGGAGGAGGGGAUCAGCCUGACAUCCUCAGUGUGGGAAUAUUGGUCAAAGAAAGAUGGAAGGUGUUGAGGAAAAUAGGAGGUGGAGGAUUUGGAGAAAUUUACGAUGCACUGGACUUGCUUACUCGGGAAAACGUUGCACUGAAGGUCGAAUCAGCUCAGCAGCCGAAGCAAGUGCUGAAAAUGGAAGUGGCUGUGUUGAAGAAGCUGCAAGGAAAAGAUCAUGUCUGUAGAUUCAUAGGAUGUGGGCGGAACGACAGGUUUAACUAUGUGGUCAUGCAGUUGCAGGGUCGGAACUUGGCAGACCUGCGUCGUAGCCAAUCUCGAGGGACAUUCACCAUUAGCACCACUCUGCGGCUCGGGAAGCAGAUUUUGGAAUCUAUUGAAAGUAUUCAUUCUGUGGGAUUCCUGCACAGGGACAUAAAACCAUCAAACUUCGCAAUGGGACGUUUUCCAAGCACCUGUAGGAAGUGUUUUAUGCUGGAUUUUGGCUUAGCACGGCAAUUUACCAACUCAUGUGGGGAUGUCAGACCACCGCGAGCUGUUGCUGGUUUUCGCGGAACAGUGCGGUACGCAUCGAUCAACGCGCACAGGAACAGAGAAAUGGGUCGGCAUGAUGACCUCUGGUCUCUCUUCUACAUGUUGGUGGAAUUUGUAGUUGGCCAACUGCCUUGGAGAAAAAUAAAAGAUAAGGAGCAAGUGGGCUCCAUUAAAGAAAGGUACGAACACAGGCUUAUGUUGAAACACCUUCCUCAAGAAUUCAACGUCUUUCUGGAUCACAUUUCUAAUUUAGAUUACUUCACAAAGCCUGAUUACCAGCUUCUCAUGUCUGUGUUUGACAACAGCAUGAAAACAUUUGGGGUUAUUGAAAGCGACCCUUUUGACUGGGAGAAGAGUGGAACUGAUGGCUCUCUGACAACAACCACAACUUCAACCACCCCUCAGCUGCACACUCGCCUUACGCCGGCUGCAAUUGGAAUUGCCAAUGCCACUCCUAUCCCAGGAGAGUUGCUGAGGGAAAAUACAGAUGAAGUAUUCCCUGAUGAACAGCUCAGUGAUGGAGAGAAUGUUAUUCCUGUUGGUGUAUCACCAGAGAAACUACCUGGGUCCCCUGGACAUCAACGUCCUCAGGAAAAAGAUGUUUGGGAAGAAAUGGAUGCAAACAGAAACAAAAUUAAACUGGGGAUCUGUAAGGCUGCCACAGAAGAAGAAAACAGCCAUGGAGCAGGGAAUGGCAUGCUUAAUGCCCCGAGUCUUGGCUCUCCAAUUCGGGUUCGCUCAGAGACCACCCAGUUAGACAGAGAUGUUCCACUGGUGCGGAAGUUGCGUUCCAUUCACAGCUUUGAACUGGAGAAGCGUCUCACCUUGGAGUCUAAGCCCGACACUGAUAAGUUUCUUGAGACCUGUUUGGAGAAGAAGCAGAAAGACUUGAAAUUGGCAGAGGCUCCUGUUGCUGCUGUUCCUCCUGUUCCUCAGAAAACAUCUGUUCCUGCUCCUGUGACUGCCCGCACAGACCAUGUUUGGCACUAUGAUGAAGAAUAUCUUCCAGAUGCUUCAAAGCCCGUGUCAGCUAAUUCUCCUGACCAUGCUGAUGGUGUUAUGAGCAAUGGAUUUGUAGCUGUUAACCUAAGCUCCUGCAGGCAGGAGGUCGAUUCUAAGGAAUGGGUGAUAAUAGAUAAGGAACGGGACUUGCAGGACUUCAGGACAAAUGAGGCUUUAGGGCACAAAAUGACUGGAAGUCCCUCAGAUGAAGAGCCAGAGGUACUACAAGUUCUAGAGGAGUCCCUUCCAGAAGAGCAGUCCAGAGAGGGUGGUUGGGCAGGAAACAAUGUCCAUGCCAAGAACCAAACUUCAGGAGUGGAGUUUGUUCUAGACAUGGAAUGUCAUCCUGCUGCAUCUGAACAGCUUACAGAUAAAUUGGAACUCCUGUCUGGAGCUGCAGGACAGCUUCUUGCAGCCACCCCUACAAGUCCCAUGGAAGCUCAAGCAGAAGGAGCACUCACUCCGAUAACAAUCCCCAGACCUUCAGUGGCAUCCACACAGUCUGCUUCAGAGAGCUUCCACUAUGGCCACCCCCUAGAGAGAAGAGAGCAGGAUGGUCAGUCUGUGGAACACACCGUGGAACUUUCCUCUCCAAAGGAAAAUUUGCCAGGCUUGGUUGGGACAGAAGAUGCACUUCCAGCUAGUGCCAGCAGACCAGAUUUGAUACUCAAUACUGGCCAAGAGGUGCUUGACAGGGAAGGGCUUGUCAAAGAGUCUGUCAAUGUCCUGGACUGUGACCAAAAGGACCUACCUGAACACAAUGGGAUACAGGAAGAGAAAGAACCUGGAAAUAUUCCUGUGGAGGAGGCUGAGGAAGAAGGGCUUCCAGUGGUUUCUGAGGAUGCCAUUGAAAUGCUAAGCAAAGAACAGAAUUCUUCUUUGCCAGGAAACUCAAAAUCUGCAGAGGAAGAACCUCUAACAAAUACGGAAGCAGCUCAAGAAUCAAAGUCAAGGCCUGUCAGUUUGAUGCCAAAUCAAGAUGAGGCUCUGAAGUCAAUAGCACCUAAAACAGCAGAAUUGUCUCCCUCAAGACUUAAUAAUGCACAUGUUAAUAGACAGGCAAGCAAAAUAGCAGCCAUUCAGGAAAAUGGUUUUCAUUCUGAUAAGGAAGAAGUCCAUAGCCAAGACUUGAAAUGCCACCAAGUGGCCCUUACUACUAUUUUGCAGCAGGAGAAUAAAAAAGAGAAAAAUGCUCCCAGAAAUGGAGAGUUAUUGCACUGCAUUUCAGAAAAUGAGAAUUCUUAUCGAUCUAAGAAGGACUCAGUUAAAUCUUCUUUUGUAUUCAGGCAGAGUCGAAUCCCAGUUUUAGCACAAGAGAUAGACUCAAUGUCAGAUUCCUCUUCUGUUUCUGCAAAGGAAAAGCUUCUGCUAAAAAAGGCCCAUCAGACAGACUUGGUCAAAUUACUUAUGGAAAANCUCAAAUCUUUCCUUGGUGACCUCUCAAGUGCCUCUGAUAAGUCACUGGAGGAAAAAAUGGCUGCUGCUCCGUUUUCUGAGGAUGAAGUCUUAGCUUCAUUUUCUAGAUUGACCCUGGACUCUCAUUUCAGCAAGCAGAAUGAAGAUAGCUCUUUAUCUCCAAGCAGCCCUCAGUCCAGAAAAAGCAAGAUUCCAAGGCCAGUGUCUUGGGCAACCACUGAUCAAGUUACCAGUUCAAGUUCAGCUCAGUUCUUUCCUCGGCCACCACCAGGAAAACCACCUACUAGACCUGGGGUAGAAGCUAGGUUGCGCAGAUACAGAGUCCUAGGCAGUAGCAGCUCGGACUCAGAUCUUAUCUCUCGUCUGGCUCAAAUCCUACAGAAUGGAUCUCAAAGACCAAGGAGUUCAACCCAGUGUAAGAGUCCAGGAUCUCCACAUAGUCCAAAAACACCACCCAAGAGCCCUGUCAUUCCCCGCCGCAGUCCCAGUGCCUCCCCUAGGAGCUCUUCUUUACCCCGUACUGCCAGUUCUUCUCCGUCCCGGGCUGGGAGAUCCCAUCAUGAUCAGAGGAGUUCAUCCCCACAUUUUGGGAGGAGUAAAUCACCUCCUAGCCAUUCAGGCUCCUCAUCUUCUAGGAGGUCCUGCCAACAAGAGCACUGCUGCAACAAAACAAGCAAGAAUGGUCUGAAAGGUUCUGGUAGUUCUUUCCACCAUUCCCCAAACACUAAGACUUCCACAGGAAAGACCAAAUCAACUACUAAGCUUAGCAGAUAGGAACUGGGCUUUGACAGGUAUAAAGUCUCCUCCUAAAUUUGAUGCAUGUUGUGUCUGUGUACUGUGUAUUUAAAAAAAUAAUCAAAAAAAUUAUAUUAAAAAAAGGUGUUGAAUCUGCACAUUUUAAAGAAAGUAGCCAUUGUAAACUAUUCAUGAGAAAGCAUUCUGUGUAAAUAAGUGGCCAGGCUUUGCCUUAGAGCAGGCAGCAAGCAGAUCUAUGAGAUGGGAAGUAGAGGCCAGGAUAAGAAUGACCGGGUAGUCAAAGAGGUGCAAUGUAUUUAGAGUGAAAAGCUAUCUUGAAGGUGAGUGUUUUAAAACGGUAUUAAUCUCAAUGUGUUUAGUUUCCCUAGUUAGAAGAUUUGGCCUAAUUAUUUAAGGCCUUACAUACUCAAGGAGUAUGUAAGAAAACCUGAAACAGUUAUUCCCAAAGUAACGUCACCACUCGGGAGAUAAGUACUGCUCAAGCAUUUCUUUGCAGUUUUAAAAAAGCACACAGUUUAGAAGAUGAUAUUUCUACCUUUUAAAUUUCUUCCAUUUUGAGCUGCACUCACCUCUGAGUCACUGGGUGCUUAUUUUGUCCCCUAUCUAUCAUGGCACAGAUUUUUUAUCUGAGUAUCAUAUACCUUACCCCUUCUUUGACACUGAUGAAAUUUUAAAAAGUAAUGUUUGACAAGAUGUUUUUGUACCAAUAUUAUUUAGAAAUUUGUUUAGCAGUAAUUAGGAUCCAAGAAGCUGAUUCUCAGUUCUAUAUCAUACAAUUUUUUUGGGAGUCAUAGUGGGGUUCUUCAAACCACAUUUGGUACGAUUUGGAAAAGCAUUCCUUCCUAGGAAAUGAGAGGAAGGAGUAGAUGUAUGUACUUCACUGGAUGUUGCAGGCUUACAGUAAAAUGUAAUGUAAGUUAAAAAAUAAGAACCUUCCUUUACCCCUUAAUUCCACUGGAAAAAGAACCUUUGUUAUUGCUGACAUCUGUUUUUCCAUUAGUCUGGAUCACUUUAACCACAGAUCUUACAAUGCAGAGAUGAUUACCAAUCAAGAUUUGUUUUUUUAGUAAUUUGUUUUCUAAAAUCAUGAAAGAUGAAAUAGAGAUGAGGAGAUUGUCUACUUUGUGAACGUGAUAUUUUAGGGGUGAUGGAAAUAUACUUAACACCCUUAAAAAAAUCUGUAUAAGAAUAUUAAUCACCAAAGCAAAAUAUGUGGAAGGAAAUCGAAAAAAAAAUUUUAAUUGUAUUCUUGUCAUUCUGUUUCCCAAAUGUGUUUUUGAUAGCCAAGCUUUGUUGAGCCUCAGUAAAGUCCAUGGUGUUUAAUUGCUCCAACUUUAUUAGGCAGUUACUUGGUAACAUCUUUUUCUCUGUGGGAACUCUGUAGGGAAUGAAAGGUACGGCACCUUUUGCUAUAUUCAGAAAAGUGUAGUGGGUCAGAAUAGGGACACACAAGAACACAAGCCUGAGAAAGAUGCAGCCAGCUCUCCUCCCUAAUGAUUCCUGUUGUGGGGACUCUGGAUGCAUAAGAGACUUGUCAAUUACUGAUCUGCUUGCUGUAGUCAUAUGCCUCUCCAGCCAGCAUCCGUGCUUUUUUUAUUUAACUCCUGCCAAAUGAAUACCUUUGGAUUAAAAAGGGAAUAUUUUGUCUCUGAGCUAACACAUUCUAAUGCUGCAUUAAAGCUGCCCUAGAGCUGCACUGAAUUUCACUUGCUUUGUCAGACUAUGUUGAUUUUUUUUCUUUUCUUACUAUGAGUAUGUAUAUUGUUUCCCAUAUGUAAUGUAGCACAGUGUGGAACCUUAAUUUCAUUCAGGUUUCAAGCACUACAGAUGAAUGCAAUAGGUAGGGUAUACCUGCUUUUUCUGAAGAAACUGUACCAUUGGAAAGUCCUAUUCCUUUGUAUUAUAUUGUAUAAUAGGUGCUAUACCAAUAAUUGCAUGUCCUCAUGGUACAUUAUAUAAUAUAAAUAUUUAUAUAUACAUAUAUGUAUAUGCUU